AUGAGCAGUCAAUAUCAAGUAUUCAAAGUUAUAUUUGUGUGUUUAAUAUUUCAAAUAGUUUUAACUAAAUCUGCACGUAUUAUACCAGGAGGGCCACAGUCGAUUCCAGUUGAUUCUUCAGAAGUUCAAGAAUACGUUAAAAAAGGUCUAAAAAAAUUCUCAUCUGGUUAUCAAGGUACCAAUGAGCCAGUUAUUGCCGAAGUUAUCAGUGCAUCUCGUAAAGUUGUUUCUGGAACAUUAUACGAAAUUAGUGUCAGAUUUGGAGAGAGUAAUUGUCCGAAAGGUCAAUAUGGCGAGACAUGCUUAUUAGCAGAAAAUAGUCCUAUUAAAGAGUGUUUGAUUACUGCCUGGUCAAGGCCUUGGUUGGAAGAAGAUUCACUUAAAAUUGACGUUAAAUGUGACUAA